AUGGUGCAUGGCCGCCGAGGAGCAGCCCAGGCUCGCGCCUGGUCUAUCCGGCACUUGCUGAAGCCACGCCGCCCGGGAAAGGCCACCCGUGAGCAAAACGGCCAUCGCAAGCCACAGUGGGAGGAUACCGGCGCUCAGCUGUUUGAGGAGGAGUUGGUUCUGGCGGAGAAAGAGGGUGUCAUGGAGUUCGAAGAAGAGAUCGCUUACGAUCUGUGUGUGGGCGACCCUGUGACAGUGGAGAAGUUGGUCGCGGAAGCGGAGCGCAAGGUGAAGCUUGCGCUCGAGGAAGCGGAGAUGGCCGCUGCAGAAGCGGAGAGCUGCGAGAUGGAGCUGGAAAUGCUCCUGAAAGAGUUGGGUCUGAGAGGCUGA